CAGAGCAGCGCUGGGGAGGCAGAAAGGCGGGCAGCGCAGGGACACCGAGAGGCAAAGCAGCCACUCUGAGCACCAUUAUGGACUGAGAGGAAGAGGGAAGCCUGCCAUGACAAAGCCAGCUGGAGGUGGGAGAGUGUGAACAUGAUGCACACAGACACACGCGCACACACGCACACUCUGCCUUUGUCUCUGGGUUGUUUUUUUUCCAUUAAAGGAGCAGAUGGUUAGAGAGAGAGUAGGAUCUCCCUUGCAUACGCACGCAAACUUGCAGACAGACACACACACACACAGACACACACACACACACACACACACACGCACACACACACCAGCAAAACAAAACCAAAACAACAAACCCAGCUAGAGGACUGUUUGUCUGCAUGGAGCUGCGUUGAAGGCAGCACUUUGUUUGGCUUUUGAAGGAAUCACAUCUUCCACGGAGGAGGAAUAUCUGCUACAAGAUCUGACGACUGGAGGAGGAGACUACAGAGGAAAGGAAAAAGGGAUGAGGCUUGUGAAAAUCCUUUGAUAAAAGCAGCUUUGGGUGGAGGACAAAGCAGAGACUAAUGCCAACAAAUUGCCUUCAUCGAACAGGGACUGUCAUCUCCAGUUAGUGGAUGUCAUUGAAGUUGAUAUUGGGAAUAUAUUGCUGCAGAUGCAAACUUAAGUCAAAGGGGGCCAUUUUAUACUGCAAAGGAGCACAUGAGAUCUUCAAUCCCAUUCCCGACCCCAGAUCCAAAUCUCCCAAUCUUAACUCAGGGGGGUUUUAAUCCAGAUUUGGGAAUACCAGGCGCCACAGACUGCUUGCUGAGCCAACAAAACUGCUCUCCCAAGGAUUUGUGAAGUCUCGGCAAAUCUGGAAAUCUUAAUGGUUGGAUCUCGGAGGGGCUAGCAAGCUAUCCACCACCAACAAAACAGCGUUAAAUUGGUUCGGGGGCUUGGGAGAGCUGACCCACGGGCUCGACUCACAUCUAGGCUCGCCUCUCUCUCAACAGAGUCUGAGUUUACGGCUGCUGCCCAGGGAAUCAAAUUUCAUGCAACCAUUCCAAUGGUGUAACGCAGGAUGCCUGUGUGGUUUGGGUUCCCAGCGCUCUGAACAGUACUGCAGCAUGACGUCCGAAAUCUACCACCUGCCACUUAACGUUUACGUUAUCGUGCUGGGCAUCGGUCUCUUUGUCUUCAUGCUCAGCCUCAUUUUCUGCUGCUACCUGUUCAGGUUGAAGCAGCAAGGAACGAGGGAGCAAUUCAGCUACAAUGAGGUGGUGCUGAAAGGGGCAGGCAAAAAACUGAGCCUCCUUGGACAAACAUGUGCGGUGUGUCUGGAAGAAUUUAGGACCAGGGAUGAACUGGGAGUGUGUCCAUGCUCACAUGCAUUUCACAAGAAGUGCCUGCUUAAGUGGCUGGAGAUCCGCAGUGUGUGCCCCAUGUGUAACAAGCCCAUCCUCCGGCUCCACCCGGAUGCUCCCCAGGGGGCCGAGGGUCCCAUGGACCCUGAGGAGGUGUGAGUGAGCCAGAGAGGGAGGGGAACUUGGACUUCCCCUAUACAAAACCCAACCAUUAUACACAGAGGAUGAAGGACAGCAGUAAUCCAAAGGACAUUUCACGCAACGAGUCAAUCAUGACCUCAUGUGGCCACAUUGCUGCUGACAUGCGAGCAUGAUGGCUAAAUGGAUCUGGAUAUUGACAACGCCGAUGUGACUUUAUUAGAUCAGUGGAGAGCCAGCUGGAAGAAUGGGACUUGAAUUUUCGGUGAACAAGAGCCCACAGUACUCCCAUUCUGCUCCCCCCCCCAAAAAAAGACUGAAAGAUCCACAUCAGAAAACGGGACUAGACCUGCCAGUCCCAUCAGAUGACAGGGACAGCACUGCCAUAGCCAGUCAAUCAGAAAUGCCGAUCUAGGCAUUCAGAGGAAGGUCAUUGGUGUAUAGUAUCAAUGUGAAUACCUCUAUUAUCUCAGGGGUGUUACCAAUAGAGCCAGCACAAACCAUUUUAGUCAUCCUGUAUCCUUGUGCCACGCAUACAUCCUCUAUACUACUACCACAGUAGGUGAAAUGCUACAGCAGCUUGAGGUAGAAAGGAACUAGGGCUCAGACAAAGACCAGUGGGAUUACAACCACAGUUCUGAUGACCGAAGUAGACAGUUACCAUUUUGUGCCCCAAACCCUUUCCUUUUUAAAAGAGACCUGAUAGAAAGUUAGUCUUGCCUGUAUGUAGUUGUGUCCCUGUAUAUUAUUUUGUAUUUGUUGCUUUUAAAUAAAUUGUCAUGUAAUGUAA